ACGCUACACUUAGAGGUCAACACAGCAAGGCACGAGCGACCAUGAGCCCCAGCAGUGCUGUGCCGUGGAACAGUGGCCAGCAGGGGGCAGCCUGGAGCUCCUACAUGUUCCCUCGAACCAGCCUGCAGUACCAGUCUCCUCACACUAGCUACACCUAUUGCCCGGGGCAGCCUGCGUCUUAUGCUCCUCCCCCUCACCCCAUGGCCCCACCCAGCCCCAGCACCAACAGCAGCAGCCACAGCGCAGCUGAGCAGCUCAGUAAGACCAAUCUGUACAUCCGAGGUCUGCCCCCCGGAACCACGGACCAGGACCUGAUCAAGCUCUGCCAGCCAUAUGGGAAAAUAGUGUCUACGAAGGCAAUCCUGGACAAAAACACAAAUCAGUGCAAAGGGUAUGGCUUCGUGGAUUUCGACAGCCCAGCGGCUGCUCAGAAGGCCGUGGCUUCCCUCAAGGCCAGUGGAGUGCAGGCGCAGAUGGCUAAGCAACAGGAGCAGGACCCGACCAACCUAUACAUCUCCAACCUGCCGGUCUCCAUGGACGAGCAGGAACUGGAGACCAUGCUGAAGCCUUUUGGCCACGUCAUCUCCACGCGGAUACUGCGGGACGCCAGUGGGCUCAGCCGGGGCGUCGGCUUCGCCAGGAUGGAGUCCACCGAAAAGUGUGAAGUGGUGAUUCAGCAUUUUAACGGAAAGUACCUGAAGACACCGCCUGCUUUCCCGGCCCCUAGUGAGCCGCUGCUGUGCAAGUUCGCCGAUGGAGGUCAGAAAAAGCGGCAGAACCAGAGCAAGUACCCCCAGAAUGGACGGCCCUGGCCCAGAGAAGGCGAGACCGGCAUGGCACUGACGUAUGAUCCAGGAGCGAUGCAGAAUGGGUUCUACUCCUCCCCCUACAGCAUUGCCACCAAUCGGAUGAUCGCACAGACCUCCAUCACGCCCUUCAUUGCUGCUUCACCUGUUUCCACAUAUCAGGUCCAGAGUACGUCAUGGAUGCCUCACCAACAAUAUGUUAUGCAACCAACUGGUGCUGUGAUCACACCCGCCAUGGAACACACCAUGUCCAUGCAGCCGGCCAGCCUGAUUGGGCCCCUGACCCAGCAGAUGAACCAUCUCUCUCUGGGCACUACAGGAACUUACAUGACCGCUGCGGCCGCAGCUGCACCUAUGCAAGGGACGUACAUUCCCCAGUACACUCCUGUGCCUCCUUCCGCCGUCCCAGUCGAAGGAGUGGUGGCAGAUGCCUCGCCCCAGACAGUGACCCCCUCCUCGCAGGACGCUGGCGGUACGCAGCCCCCGCUGCAGGUGGAGAACGCCACUGAUCAUGCGUCCGUCUACUCCUACCAACAGUCGAAAUAACACGGGACAGAGGGGCAUUACCUGGGACUGCAUUGCCUUGAGUUGGGGGGAGGGGGUGCUGGGGAGGGCUGCACAGCCCCCAAAAGGACACUUCUUCAUUUUCCACGGGGCCCGGCCAAGGAGGUUUGUGAUGGGCAGAGCCGUGAGCUGCAGUCUAGUAGCCUGAAAGCCUCAAAAAGGCUGAAUUUUUUUCUUCACAAAAUUUCCUGAAUAAAAAAUAGAAAAUAUAUAAAAAAAAAAAAAGAAAAAAAAAAGAACGUGCUGGUAGGUUUCAGAGGCGGUGAGGUUUUAUAAAUUAGGAGAGGAAGCCAGUUUGAGAAAAGUUGUCUUCCUCUGAUAUUAAACUACUCUUCCUUUUCAUUUUUUAUUACUUGUGUUAAACUUUAGUUUUCUAGAGAACUUUAGCUACGUUUUUUUCUUGAAUCUUUAUUGCCUUAAUUUCAAGGACGUCAGAGACUUUUCCGGAAGCGAUCAGUCACACGUCUUGUUAAAAAAAAAAAAAAAAAAUCUAAUGAAUGAAAGUCGCUUGGACCAAUUGAAUGGUACAAGAUAUUAAACAGAGAUGAGCUGAGAGAGAUUGAAAAAAUACUGAAUAAGCUGUACAGAUUUAAAAGAGGAGUUGUUUCUUUGUUAGAAGUGAACUUUAUUCAUCAGUGGCAACCAGGAAGCUUAUGGUGGGGCGUGUGGGGGGACAAACGGCCAUCUUGGACUCGGAGAUUUCCAGAACAGGGAACAGUUGCAGCGUCAGCAUAACGUGGCCUGUCGCAAAGCGUGCAGAACGUUUCUUCUCUUUUUAAGUUUGUUUUUAUUUCACUUUAUGCGGCAGAACUGCUAUCGACGGCAUUAGUGCUUUUUACCUGCGACCUUUUUUAAGAGCUACAUGAUGUUUUUAGCCUGCGUUGCUUGUCACAUUGCAAAAAAGAAAAAAAAAAACUAAUGAAAGUAAAUAAAAGCUAAAAGGAAUUGAAAAAAAAAGCUAAAUCAGCAAACUGCAGAUGUAGAUAGAAG